GGCCGUUGGCCGCUAGGGGGCGACCGUUAAACGGCCGGGGCGGCGCGUGAGGCGGCGGCCGAUCCGCGUUGGUUGGGUAUCGAGUGAGUGGCAGCGGCGUCGCAUUUAUGGCCUGCAACAUGGCGGGUCUGUGCUGGAAGCUGUCCGUCUGCUUUCUCUGCUCUCAAGUUAUCUCAGGAAGAGUUGAGGAGGCGCGUUACGUCGCCGCUGUGUAUGAACACGAGUCCAUACUGAGCCCCGACCCCACCGCCCUCGUUGAUCGCCGCUCAGCGCUGCAGCUCAUGGGCAGAAACCUGGACAUCUAUGAGCAGCAAGUAGUGGCUGCUGCAAGACAGGGGGCACAGAUUAUUGUUUUUCCUGAAGAUGGAAUCCAUGGCUUCAACUUCACCAGAAGAUCCAUUUAUCCUUACUUAGAUUUUGUUCCACAUUCACACGCUGUGAAAUGGAAUCCAUGCAGAGAGAUGUAUUUGUUCAAUGACACGGAGGUUCUGCAACGUCUGAGCUGCAUGGCAUUGAACAACAAAAUAUUCCUCGUGGCAAACUUAGGAACCAAGCAGCCCUGUGGGCACACUGAUCCUCGCUGCCCGCCUGAUGGCAGAUACCAGUUCAAUACCAACGUGGCAUUCGAUGAUGCCGGUAUGCUGGUAGCCACCUACCGCAAGCACAAUCUGUAUUUCGAAUAUGCUUUCGAUGCCCCUCCAGAGCCUGACUACAGGCUCUUUGAGACCCCUUUCGCUGGCAAGUUCGGUAUGUUCACUUGCUUUGAUAUACUCUUCUUUGAGCCUGCAGUGAAGCUGAUCAGACAAUACAACUUAAAACAAGUUGUAUAUCCCACUGCCUGGAUGAACCAGCUCCCACUCCUGUCUGCUGUAGAGUUUCAACAAGCUUUUGCAACAGCUUUCAACGUCAACAUUUUAGCAGCUAAUAUCCACCACCCUACCUUGGGCAUGACAGGGAGCGGCAUACACACUCCAGUCAAAUCGUUCAUCUACCACAACAUGGAAAGCUAUGGUGGCAAGCUCAUAGUUGCAGAAAUUCCUGUGAUUACCACUGAUUACAAAACCAGUUUAGAGAGAAAUGAAAGAUUUGGAGAGAACUUACACCACUCGUGCGAGACUUUUACAAGUGCUUCAAUGGAUGAUCAAGUUUGCUUUAAGGAGGGACAGGAGACCCCUGCUAGAGUAUUAGAAAAAGGAACCGAACAGUUACCUCCCCAGUUCUAUGCAGAAAUGAUGUAUGACAACUUUACCCUUGUUCCUGUCUGGGGCGAAAAAGGAGAGCUCCAGGUUUGUUCCAACACCCUCUGUUGUUACUUAAAUUAUCGGAGAGCUGUUUUAACGGAUGAAUUAUACGCUUUGGGAGUUUUUGAUGGGCUCCAUACAGUGCACGGCACGUACUAUGUCCAGGCCUGUGCUCUGGUAAAGUGUGGUGGUCUCAGCUUUAGCACUUGCGGGCAGGAGGUUACGGAUGCCUCUGCCUUGAUAGAUUUCCAGCUAUGGGGAAAUAUGAGUACUCCAUAUAUCUUCCCUUUACUGCUGACAUCUGGCAUUACCUUGGACUUUGCUGAUCACAUGGGCUGGAAAAACCACCACUAUUUCAUGAGCAAAAAUAGAACAUCAUCUGGCUUACUGACUGCUGCUCUGUACGGGAGGUGGUAUGAAAAGGACUAGCACAGAUAUUUGGCUGAAUCAAACUGCUUACAUUUCCGGAGCAUGUAUCUUAACACAAACUGUUGACUAUCUGUACUUCUAAGAUCUUCAGGUAUGUUUGUUACACGACCGGCCAAUUACGUUCCCCAUUUGAAAUGAUAACCAAAGCAAUUAAUCUAAGAGGCUAUAAACCACGGUCUGUACCUUGGAAGCUCGUGUCAUUCCAGAAGUAAACAAACUGCCUUGCAACUAUGAA